AUGGAGCUUCCAAAAGCCAUAGCAGCUGUUUUACUCCUUGGAUCAGCGUACUUCUUCAAGCUACACUACCAGGUCCCUGGUAUUCGCAUUACACCGACCUUGUCCUUCGUUAUCACACGCUCAGAGCUAGACGAAUCUUCUACGUACAUGAACUCCAUCGCCGAUAUGGAGGAGUUGAUUGGGUCUGGCUUCGUGAAGUCAGCAUGGUACGAGAACUUUGUGUCACUUACGGUAGCCGGCAUUUUUGCUAUGCGUGACCCGGUCAUGCACGGUACCCGGAGAAAGUUGUUCUCGCGGGCAUUGAGCAAUUCGAGCCUUAAAACCAACUGGGAACCUGAGGUCAGGCGAAAGGUCAACCUAGCCGUGCAAAAGAUCAAGCAAGACGCUUUAGGUUCACAAAAAGGGGCCGACAUCUUCAAGUGGUGGACACUCAUGGCAACAGAUGUUGUUACACAUCUCAGCUUUGGAGAAAGUUUCAACAUGAUUGAACAAGGAAAGGUACUUCUCCCUGUCCCAUUUGUCUCGACCAUUAUUCUGACGGUGCGAAAGCAAACGCCAUAUAUCGACGCACUCCAGAAAGUAACACUCGAUGGAUUGUUGCGAAAUGAGAUUCCCAUUCUACGCGCCCUCCUUCGCUGCAUACCCCUAAAACAAUUGCAAGACGUGUUUAAUGCGCAAGACACAGUCUUCACGCAGAGCAUGGUGGCUGUUCGGAAUAUGCGCAAUGGCAGUGGAAGCUCCAUGAAUCUCUUUGGACAGAUCAUUGCUUGUGCUGAAGAUAAAGAGAAAGAUUCUCUCACGGAGGAAGAUGUCAAGGUCGAAGCUGGAAGCUUCAUCAUCGCAGGAUCGGACACUACUGCUGUCACAAUGACCUACCUGACUUGGGCAGUUCUCAAGCAGCCUGAUCUGCGAGCCCGACUCGAAGACGAGAUUGCCCAGUUAAGCGAUGAACUUACCAUGGCAGAACUCGAGGGCGCAUCCGUGUUGAACAGCAUCAUCGACGAGACACUGAGGCUCUACUGUGCUGCACCUGGCGCCUUGCCUCGAGUUGUUCCGAAGGGAGGUAUGGCCGUCAGUGGCUAUCAUAUCGCCAGUGGCGUGGAAGUCAGCACUCAAGCGUACACAAAUCAUCGCGAUCCUGCAGUAUUCCCUGAUCCGCUACAGUAA